CACCUCGAUCGCACACAGCGCCUGUCCACAUCGCAUAUCCCUGCUCCAUCUCUCUGGCGCACCCGCACGUACUCAGCGCUCACCUCGCACCUGCCGGCUGGCGCGUCUCUGCCCGGCAUGGACUUCAACUCGCCGCACCCGCGCCGCGGCGGCUAUGGCGGCGGCUAUGGCGGCGGCGGCGGUGGUAGCGGCUACAACGCCUCGCCCGGCGGCUACGCGCAGCAGGGCGGCUAUGCAGCCUCGCCCGGCGGAUACGGCGCAUCGCCCGGCGGCUACGGCUCGCCCUACGGCGGACGAGGCCGCGGGCGCGGACGCGGGCGCAACUCGGGCGGCGGCCCGCAGCCCAUGUCGCGCGCCGACAUCGAGGCGGACCGCGCGGCACAGCGGCUGCGCUCGCUGCGCACCACGCUCUACCGCUGGGCCGACCCGGCGCACGGGCGCCCCGAGGGUGCGGCGGCACAGACGCACGACGGCGACGCCGAGCUCUUCGAUGCGCGCGCCGAGAUGAUGUCGCACGCCAAGUGGCUUGAGAGCGUGGAGCGCGCGGACGUCAAGGUCGCCUGGCGCGUCAUGAUCACCGAGCAGCCUCACAAGCUGCCGCUCAAUGCGGCGCUGCUUGGCUACCUGCUCACCGCCCCGACAUCUGUGCCUGCCGGCUCGAGCGCCAACGACGCAAGCGAGCAGCCCGCAGAGGACGAGUUCGGCCGCGCGUCGCCCGUGUCGCCGAGCAAGCGGCCCAGCAGCGCGCUCGGCGAUGACGAGCGGCGGCAGGCUGGCUCCAUGUCGCCCGAGAAGGAGGGCGCGCCGAGCGAGAAGGCCCUCAGCAUGGGUGACGAGAUCCUCAAGGACCUCGUGCGCGCCUUCCAGGGCUGGCUGGAUGCGCGCAUGUGGCGCAACGUGCGGCUCUGCCUGCACUUCUUCGCAACGCUGCUGCCGCUGCGCAUCCUCUCGCCCAGCUCGUUUCGCACGCUCCUCACGUCCUUUGCCGCCGUGCUCGACGAGCCCGGCGUGACGGCAGAGCGCGGCGACCGGGCGGCCGUGUGCGUCAUCGAGGCGCUCUGCUGGGCUGGGCGCGCGGCCGUGGCCGAUGGCGCGAGCGGCGAGGACGAGGCAGACGCGCUCGUCGAUCGCAUUGUCACGUACAACCAGAACCGGCGCGUUGAGAAGGACCUUGUCUCGCCCUGGGGCGGCGCCAGUGAGGAGGAAGACGACACGCUGCGCGAAGAAUCAUUCGAGAGUGCCGUCUCUGCGCUGCUCGCGCUGCGCUCCAGCGGCUACGAGCGGCCCUUCUUCCUCGCCUCGCCGCUCGACCUGCUGCCGCCUGCGCUGCUGCCGCUCGUCGAUGCGCGCGAGCCGUUCCUGCACCUGCCCGACGUGCUCGUGCCGCCAGACGACGACGAGAGCUCCAUCACCAGCUUUGCAGCGGCCGCCGAGGCCGGUCCGGCGGGCAAGAAGGUGCGCCGCAACCGUCGCGAGAUCUCAAAGGGCGAGGCGGAGAAGCUGCGCGCCGGUGCCGGUCCAGCGCGUGUGCAGCGCUCGGCCCGCUGGUUCGGCGAGUCUGUACCUGCGCCUUCGUCGCCGUCCGGGCUGGUGCUGCGCUCGCUGCUCGCCGACAUCAUCGACCUGUACGAGGUCAACCGCAAGGAGUGCGCCCGCAUUCUCUUCGACUUUGCACGCUGGUGCCGACGCGGCACCUUCGUGGGCAAGGGUUCAAACCCGGAGAAGGGCCUCUUUGGCGAUGCCGAGGAUGACUGGGUCGCAGGGCCGGACGGCGAGGUGCGCGGCGGAUGGGUGCUGGACGAUGUGCUGGUCGAGUGCAUCCUCUCGACGGCGCUGCAGCUGCCUGAGCCGCCGCUCAAGGCGCUCUACUACACGUCGCUGCUGCGUGAGGUCGUGACGCUGAGCCCGAGCACCGUGGCGCCGGCGAUGGGCAAGAGCGUGCGCCGCGUGUACGGCGCCAUGCGCACCGGCCGCGCCGAGGGCGAGGUGAUCCGCCGCUUCGCCGACUGGUUCAGCGUGCACCUGAGCAACUUCGGCUUCCAGUGGGGCUGGAAGGAGUGGAUCGGCGACAUGAGCCUGCCGCACGCACACCCGCGCAAGGCUUUUGCCCGGCGCGUCGUCGAGCUCGAGGUGCGCCUGGCGUACUGGGAGCGCAUCAAGACGACGCUGCCCGAGGAGAUCGCCACCGGCGUGCUCUCAGCCGAGGAGCCUGGGCCCUCUUUCACCUACGCGACCGAGGGUCACCCGUGCCGCGAGCAAGCCAUUGCGCUCAUUGAGUCGUUCCGCGCGCGCGCCACGGGCGAGGUCAUCAUGGCCAACAUGGAGAGCCUGAAGCAGCAGGUGCUGCCGCAGGACGCCGACGCGCUCAUGCCGUCGGACGAGGAGACGGACAGCAAGGUGCGCAACGAGGUCGAGGCCGACUUCCUCGUGCGCGACAUGGUCACGCAGGCCGUGCUGAGCGUCGGCAGCCGCUCCUUCUCGCACUUCCUCAACGUCGUCGAGCGGUACCACGCGCUGCUGCGUGACCUCUCGUCGUCGCCGGCCAUGCGCCUGGCGAUCCUGUCGAGCACGGUGCGCUUCUGGGCGCUCGCGCCGCAGUGGGUGCAGAUCGUCUUCGACAAGCUGCUGCAGUACCGCAUCGUCGAGCCGGCCGACAUCAUCGACUUUGUCUUUGCGCCGCCGCGCAACAUCCCUGCGCUCGUGCUGCUCGGCAGCGGCGACGGCGUGGCGGGCAGCUUCUCGCGCGUGGCGCCGCCCGAGGCCGGCGGCCUGGAGCGCGACUGGAGCACGUUCUCGUGGUGGGACAUUGUGCGCAUCACCGUCGACAAGGUCAACGGCCGCGUCGAGCAGGUGCGCAAGCGCCUCGAGACGCUCGAGCGCGAGGAGGCCGACGAGGCCGACCGCAAGGCUGCGGCCGAGGCUGCCGGCGCCGAGGAGCCGCAGCUGCCCGCUGAGCCAGAGUUCAAGCUGCCGCUCUUCCCGGGCGCCUCGCUGCCGCCGCGCCCGCAGCCGUCGCCCGUGGCGCGUGCUGCCGCGGCGCAGGCGACGCAGAAGGAGGCCGUCAAGAAGGCCAACGGCACGAGCCAGGAUGCGCGCGCCGCCCUCGACGCCAUCUCCGUCGAGCAGCGCAAGGUGCUCGUCGGCGCGACGCAGGGUUUCGUCCGCCUUGUCCGCGCCACUGCGCCGACGCUCGCGGCUGCGGGCGAGCUAGACGAGGCCACGCCCAACGAGGCAUGGCAGGCGUGGUGGGUGCGCGCGUGGUACCGCAACUUCCUGCGGCUGUUCGCAAAGCAGCUCGCCGCCAACAGCGAGACUAUCUCGUCCCUCGUCUUCCAGGACGUGCCGGAGGACGACGCCGUGCGCGUGGCGUUCGACAAUGCGUGCCAGAUGGCCAGCGAGUAGACAGAAGGCAAGCGCAGAUGCUGCGCACAAAAAGCAUGACAUUGUGCCGCACCACGUGUGACGACUGCCUCACCGCUUGAUCUUCUCGAGCAGCAGCUCCAUGCGCGCGCCCAGAUCCGGCUGCCCGCGCCUGUUCGUCUUGGCCGCCUUCUUCUCGCGCUGCCGCCGCUCCUGCUCGGCCUGCUCGCGUGUCCGCUGCGGCUUGUCGCUGCUGGCCGGCACCGCUGCGGCUGCCCGCUCCUCGCGCUGCUUGCCCUUGCUGCGCGGCGGCGGAGGCGCGAACUUCGGCCGCUCUCUUCGCCGCCGCUUCCCU